CAAUAAAGCUUAUUUUACAAUAACAACAAUGAACAAAAUCAAAAUAAAUCAUAAAAAUUUUGGAGUUAUUUUAUUUUUGGAGUAAUUAAUUUAAUUUAAUUUCAAUUAAAUUUAUAUAAUUUAGCUUGACAAUAAAAAAAAGUUUGUUAAAUAAAAUAUACAAGAUUAAAAAACAAAGAAAAAAUUAAUUUUAAUAAUAAUAUUUAAAUUCAGUAAAAAUCAGUAAAAAUAAUAAUUAAAAAAAAAUAUAAAUUGAAUAAUAAUUUGCUUUAUUUUAAUGACCUAUAAUAAUAAAAUUUUUAUUUGUUUUGUUUAUAUAUUGACAAAGUAAUUUAACGGUUAUUUAUACUUUGUAUAGAAGUCUUAAUACAUGCAAUUUGACAAAGUAAAUAUUUUUUUUUUCUUCUUACACAUAAAAUUAGAACUGUCAAAAAAAUGAGAUAAGCAAAGUGUUUUUUUAUUUGAUUGAGAGAAAAAGAGCAACAAAAUACAAGUACUAAACUACCAAUUGUGAUUUUUCAUCAUCAUUAAAUAUAAAUUGUAUUGUGAAUUGUUGAUUAAACAUCAUCACACCAAUUGAAAUAGCAAAAAUUUGCAAAAUUCAUAUAAUCUAUUUUUAUAUAUACCUAUAGAAAAAUUAGGUAAUUCAGCUGUGUUUUAAUAAUAACUUUCAGUGAUUAUUGAGUAUAAAAAAAAAUAUGAAAAAAAUGAAUUUACCGUGUGAUUGGCAAAUAUCCAGAGAUAAAUUAACAGAAAGAGGACGUUAUAUAUUAGAAACUGGACAAUGGUCUGAUUGUAAAUUUAUUGUUGGUCAAGAACCACAACAACAAAUACUUGAAGGACAUAAAUUAUUUUUAGCAAUGUCAAGUCCAGUAUUUGAAGCAAUGUUUUAUGGUUCAAUGGCUGAAAAAUUAGAUCCAAUACCAAUACGUGAUGUACAACCAGAAGCAUUUAAAACAUUACUUGAAUAUAUAUAUACUGAUAAAGUAAAUCUUGGUUCAUUUGAGUUGGCAUGUGAACUUUGUUAUUGUGCUAAAAAAUAUAUGUUACCAUAUCUUGUUAAAGAAUGUACAAAAUUUUUAUGGUCUGAUUUAACAUUAAAUAAAGCAUGUAGAGCAUAUGAAUUUGCAAAAUUAUUUGAAGAACCAGAAUUAAUGGAAAAAUGUUUAUCAAUAAUAUGUAAUAAUACAAAUUUAAUAUUAAAUGAAACAAAUUGGGAAGAAGUUGAAUUAGGAACAAUAUUAACUGUAUUUGAACAAGAUGAAUUAAAUAUUGAUAAUGAAAUUGAAUUAUUUACAGCAAUUGAAAAAUGGGCAAAAGCUGAAUGUAGUAGAAAAUCACUUGAUACACUUGAUUCAAAAACAUUAAAAUCAGUUGUUGGUAAUGCAUUAUCUAAAAUUAGAUUUUUAACAUUAACACCACAACAAUUUGCUGAAGGUCCUGGUAAAUCACCAUUAUUAUCACGUGAUGAAGCAUUUGCAAUAUUAAUGAAUGUAUCAUCAAGUGAUAGUGAUAUACCAAUGCCUGAUGGUUUUUCUAAAAAUCCAUUACAUCGUACUAAUCCAACAAGAACAAAAGAACAAAUGACAAAUUUUUUUCAUUGUAAUGGACGUCCAAAAAAACCAAGUAUUGAUAAAUAUUCAUGGCCACAACCAAUUGAAAUUAAUAUGAGAAAUAUAAGAAAUGAACAACAUGAUAAUUCAUCAACAGCAUCAACAUCAUCAUCAACAACACGUACAAUUGCACAAAAUUCAUCAAUGGAAAAUACAUCAAGAGAUCCACAAAAAUAUUAUUGUUUAAGAACAAUGGGACAAGAAACUGAUUGUUUAAAUUCUGGUGUACUUGAUUGUUCUGUAACAUUUAGUGUUGAUAAAAAUAUUUGUGUUAUUGGAGUACAAGUACCAACACAAGUACCAUAUGAAGCUGGUUCAACAACUAGAUCAUGUUGGUCUACUGAUGGCUCAUAUACUGAAGUUUUAUAUGCUCAUUUAUUAGACUCAGAUGGUUCAAGAUUAACUUAUACACAUUAUACAACAAAAGCUACAACUGGUAAUCUUGUUGAAAUUGGAUUUGAUCGUCCAGUUUAUAUACAAAAAAAUAAAGUUUAUAGAGUUGGUGUUGUAUUUAAUAAAGCUGGAUGGUAUCCAAUGGGCUAUUGUGUACAAAGAAUGACUUGUGACACUGUAUUUUUUUCAUUUGGUGUUGGUAAUAGUGCUGAUUCAAUUAGAGAUGGUCUAAUUCGUUCAAUUGUAUUUACCUAUCAUUAAUUAAUAAUCAUAUUUCAAAUGUUUUUAUUUUUUUUCUCCAUUAAAAAUUGUGAUAAAAUGAAAAAAAUUUAUGCUGUAAAAAAAUUUUAAAAAAUAACGUCUAUUAUUUGAUUUAAAAUAAAAUUUAUUUAUCGAAUAAAUUAUUAUGCAAUAUUUUAAAAAAAUAUAAAUAAAUAAAAUCACUGUAAAAUAACUAUAAAUUUUACAGUGCAAUUUUCUUCAUAUUGGUUAAAAUAAAAAAAAAAAACAAUCUUGUGUGUUAAAUUAUAAAAACAAAUAUUAGGAUAUUAAAAUUGAAAAAAAAAAAAUGAUAUAUUUACUUAUGAUUGUCUUUUGAUUUAAUGUACAAAUACUCAUUAAAUUAUUCAUUAAGAUAAAUUACUAAUUGCACAAUCUCUUGAUAAAUAAAUAUUAAUAAUUUGUAGAACAAAAUUGUAUUUUUUUUGUGAUUAAUAAAAUAAUGUAAAAUUUAUUUAUAAACUA